UAAUUUCUUACGUAGGUAAAAGGAUGGUCUUGAUUUGAAGCAUUGCGCAUGGGGUAUUAUUGUCCUUCCAAAUUAUUUCCUUCCGUUUUACCAAAGCUCCAUAAUGGCUUGUAUCUUCUUCUGCUCUUAACAUUAUUACGUACGAUCGCCCAAGCUCAACCCAGACUUCUACCUAAUCCUAAUAAAGAUCAUAUCAUCUCUCCUUUGUAUCCUAUGUUAUUCAAACUGUUAUUGGGUAUCCUUUAAUGGAGAACGACUCCUAUGUUCACUCUUCUUCUGCUAGUUUCUCCAAUAAUGACACUCCAAUUUCACCUACAUCACCCGAUAUUUGUUCUAAGUUGCAAAUAUCACCCGGUAAGAUCAAAUAUUGGAUUCCCAAUUGUAAUGAUGAUGUGAAGCCGUAUAUUGGUCAGAUUUUUAAAAGUUUGAAGGAGGGUAUUGCAUAUUAUAAGGAGUAUGCUGCAAUUACUGGUUUUGGUAUUCGCCUCGGUACUUCUUCAAAAGCUAGGGAUGGUACAUUAAAGUUGAAGUAUGUCGUUUGUAGUAGAGCGGGGUUCAAAGAGAAUGUAAAUAGCCAAACACCUCAAAAUGGAAAUAGUCAAACACCUAUAAACUACCCGAUGGCAGAACAAAGCAACCAACCUGAGGAUCCCAAUCCAAAAAAGAGAUGCCGGUUAUCCAAUAGAGUUGGAUGUAAAGCGCGCAUUGCUUUCAAAUUUUGUGGCCUGCGUGGAUACUCAGUGUUUGACUUUGAAGAGCGUCAUAAUCAUCCUAUGACAUCUAAUUUAGCGAAACCAUUUUUGAAGGUGAAUAGGAGUUUGGAUAUUGGCCACCAAAAGUUCAUUGUGAACUGUACAAAGGCUAAUAUUGGCACCAUGAAAUGUUAUAGAUUAUAUAAGGAAUCCGUUGGUGGAUAUUCUAAUAUCGGUGCAACGUCCGUUGACUUUAAAAACUUUAAAAGGGAUUUGAAGGCAUACAUUGCUGGUGUGGAUGCACAGAUGCUAAUUGAGAAGUUGUUUAGAAAAAAAGAAGUUUGUUCCGCCUUUUUUUUUAAUUAUGACGUAGAUGAAAAUGACCAAUUGACUAGGCUUUUCUGGUGCGACCCGACUGCUAGGGUUAACUAUACCAUGUUUGGUGAUGUUGUUUCGUUUGAUGCAACAUAUGGCACAAACAGGUAACAUAUUUUUUAAUCGCAUGUUGUUAUCAUAUUAUUUUUUGUAGAUCCACGAUGUCAUUCCCUUAAUGCACUGUUUACAAACAUGACUGCACUUUUU